UGUAAAUCCGAAAAAGUUCAAUAUCGAAACAAUACGUAGACGUAAGUGAGCACAAUUUUAAAUAGGAAAAAAUCAUCAAAUAAUUGCUAGUAAACUAGUUUUAAAUUAAUGAAAACCAAUUAAUCAUUUAGUGUAAACGUGUAGCCAUUAAAAACGAUAGAAAUUUCAUUCAAAAUAACGAUGAAAAGUUGAUAUAUUGAUGAUGAAAAAUUUUUACACGCCAAGUAGCUAGUCAGUGUGAAAUAGUGAGUUACCAGCAACAACAGCAACAACAACAGUUACACAAAAAAGAAAAAGCGAACACCGAACGAAAGAACACCGCAGAACCGGCAAAUCCGCACAUACGAACAUAUGUCAAAAUUUGAACGGCAGCAGUACAAGCAAAAGCAGCGACUAAAAAGGCACACAUUUCGAGUCCGAGUUCGAGGACGGGUCCGAGCCACGCGCAGUAACGCGAAAUUGGUCAGGCGAACGCGUGUACAGAGGCAGCAGGGCACAACUGGAGUCGCCGUAAAUCGACCAACUGUAAGCGCCACAAAACGCUAUUCGUGGACUUACUAAAAUGCCGCGAAUGAUUUACUUCCAGUUUUUAAUAGAAUUCCGCGAUUAGGUUUCGAAAAAAUCCAAAUCAACCCGGCAAAUGCUAUGAAUUUAUUGUUUGAAGCGAUGCCUCGAAGUGUGCUCUCAUCGACGGAAUCGAACAACGGGCCGAAAUUGUUUUUCCGCACCGCGAAGUAAAACGUGUGGGUGUUUAAUAUCGCUGUGAUAUCGUGACGUAUGUAUGUGUGAACAGUGGUCACUGCAAAAAAAUUUAAAAUAUAUACGCCUAAAAGCACACUGCAGGUUUGCUAUGCGAGCAUGUGUAGGUGAGUCUGUCUGCCGGGCAGGACAUGUAAGGACCUUAAACACAAAGAAAGCAGUGACAAGCGCGGCAAAGUGUGAAACAGCGAAGUCACGUUAAGUCAAAGUAAACCGAAAAUAGCAGAAUUCAUGCGAAAAGACAACGACGACGAAAAGGCAUUCAAGUGCAGAAGACGAAUUGAAUGCAAAGAUAAAUACGAAAACAGCAGCAGCAACAGCAACAACAACAGCAAACUAGCCAGUCAGUGAAGCCAGGCAGAGCUGGCACGGAAACGCUUGUAGUGGGUGUCUCGCCGCGGAGUGGCAACUGCCCAGCGGCAGCGUAUACGAGUAAGCGGCAGCGGCGCUAAGGAUAAUGGCGAAGAGCAAAAACACGACAACACAAUGAGCUGCGGUUUCACAAAAAGCUCCUUAAUAAAUUACACAUAACACAUUAGAAAUUGAAACGGUAUGGUGAAAAUGGAAUCCACAGAAGAACAGGAUCGAAAGUUAGUACUGGAGUUUUGUCAUUUGCUCGAAAAGUCUAAGCAACUCUUCAACGGACUCAGAGACCUGCCACAAUAUGGUCACAGGCAGUGGCAGGCGUAUUUCGGGCGCACAUUUGAUGUCUACACGAAAUUAUGGAAAUUCCAACAACAGCAUCGCAUGGUAUUGGACUCGAAAUACGGACUGAAGCGUUGGCAAAUAGGCGAAAUUGCAAGCAAAAUUGGACAGCUUUAUUAUCAUUACUAUUUAAGAACCAGCGAAACGAACUACCUGAACGAAGCUUAUCAAUUUUAUGCAGCUAUUAGGGGUAGGGCUUAUUACUCGCGUGCGAUCAAAGAAGAUCGGCCCGAUUUAAUGGUGAAGAAGUUGCGCUACUAUGCGCGAUUUAUUGUUGUUUGUUUGCUGUUGAAGAAAAUGAAGCUGGUUCGUGAGCUAGUGACGGAACUGGAAAAGCAAAUACAGGAAUACACAACAACUUACGAGCCAGAAGACCAUUUAGAAUGGUCAUUAGUUUUAGAAGAGAUUAAAGGUUUUAUAAAAGCUGAAGCUGCCGUGGCUGUUCUUCAUGCGGAUUCCAAUCCCAUCAUACUUUCACACAGUGGUUCCGGUUCUAGGUUGUCGCCGCUAACGACGCCACCAUGUGAACGUUCGCCGCACAUGACGUUGAGCCUGCAGGAGAUACUCAUUGUUGGCUCGGCGUGCGAACAGGCGAAGUUCUCAGAGUUAACAAUGGACAUGUUUAGAAUGUUGCAAACACUCGAACGGGAACCAACGGAAUCAACGCAUCCGAUGAGCAUCACACAUGGCAUGCACGGGCACGAUGCCAGCCCGGCUGCCAGCCGUAUACCACCAUAUGGUGUUCCAGGUUCUAAGGGUUACUUAGAAAAUGGCCGUCAUUAUAGAGACAAUCCUCACAAAUAUUUACUAUACAAGCCUUCUAUUAGUCAACUUCUGGUGUUCUUAGCUAGUGGAUUUAAAGAAUUGCCUCCAGGAGGCGCAUUACUCUUAUACAUGUCAGCUGAUGGUUGUUUCUCGACUACAAAACAUCCAGAGGACUAUGGCUAUGAAUUGGGUGGCCUUGCUACGAGCGUCAAGCGUGAUGGCGUCGAAGGCGGUGGCAUAGCGUGCCGAGGGAAGUCCUACAAGGAGAAUCAUUGUUUGUAUCCCGGAGACUUGUAUCCAUUCACUCGAAGACCAAUGUUCAUUAUCAUCGAUUCGGAUAAUUCGUUUGUCUUUCAACACAUCCCCCGGUACUUUGGCCAACCAUUAGUCAUAUUAAUGUCACCGCAGGAUGUACCGCCCGCAUUCCAAGCUGAUGUCCAACAUCAUGGUUCACUGUUCACAUUGUUCCUGCAUUCCCCACUGACGGCACUCUGCUACAUCUGUAAUGUCGGUGAUGUGCCCAUACAUCAUUGGGAACGCUGCCAAUCGCACGUAGACCGCUUCAUAACAGAGGCAUCAAGACUUGUGACGCGCUGUCGCAUCGAUGAAAUCGAGCAGGGCAUAGGUUUUAUAGACUCAUCGUACGUACAGUUCUUCGGUGAUGACUUCUUACGUACGCUAAUACUACGUUUCGUCUUCUGUGAUGUUGUACUGAGAUUGCAUCGUGGCUUUCGUGGACGUCAUAUGAGACCACGAUGCGAGCCACCAUUGCCAUCCAAUGAGUUACUCGAGCAUCCAUCACUGUCGCAUAUUAUAUUCCAAUUAGCGUCGGCGCUCGAUGUGCGCGGCCAUUUCUCCGACGGACCCGAAUGCGACUGAUGAUUUUUUAGUAAUACUUGUAAAAAUAUUUAUUAUUUAAAUUUACUUGUAAAACAAACAAUAGUCAUUAGAAGUACAGCAAUAGCAAGACAAACACGCAAGUUGGCAAAAGUUAACUCUGGCAAUGGCAAUGGCAAUAUGAUGAGGAGUGAUUGUAAGAUUGCGAGUAGAAGAAAUAAAUUUAAUUAUUACGAUAUUUAUUAUAAUAAAAUUAUUGUAAUUUUCUAUGAAAUAUAUAUAACUAUUUACAUUUAUUUUUUUCUUAGUAUCGGUUCCAUAGCGACUUUUUUACAACAUACAUACUUAGGUGCAUACAAGAAAGUUUGUAAAAGAAAUAUAAUUAAUUACAAAUGCAGUAAUUGUAAAAAAACUAAAAAUGGAAAAAAUAAAAAAAAAUAAUUUUAUUUCUUUUCUCACAAUUAAUUAUAAUAAACUGUAGAUAUACUUUAUGGUUUAUGACAGCUAACAAAUUAUACAACUGAGCGAAAUAAAAGAGAUUUAAUUAUUGCGAUAAAUUAGUGCUAAACCAGAAAAAUAUUGCUGAGCUUCAAUUGAUGCAGAAUAUCAUAAAAAUAAAGUCUUGAAGACGUACUUACAUGCAUACAUAUAAAACUCCGUAUGUAUGUAUAACGCUGGGAAAAUUUGUAAAGUUAAAAGCCGAAAUAUAUUUAUAAUAAUAUGGGCAGGACAGAAAACUAUCAAGAGUAUACGCUUUGACAAAGAGGAUAUACAGAUUUCUGCUUGCUGUGCCUCAAUGACUUGCAAAUAAUUUGUUUAUAAUUUUUAAAAAGUAAUAUAUUUCUUUUCAAUACUUUCCCCUUAAAAAGCUUAACCGAUAAAGUUAAGCUUAAGUUCAGUCUAUGGAUAGGUUAUAUUUAUGAAUACAAUAUUAUUAAGUAUUUGUUCUACAAUGUGUGAAAAUUUGGUUGAAACAGAAAAACACUGUAGCUGUUCUUGAUAAAUAUUUCUAAGAAAUACGUAAAUGUUUAAUACCUUUUUGUAUUACAAUCUGAAGCAAGAACAAUCCAGCUUGUCCCAAACUUUGAUUAUCAUUUCAUUUAAAGUUCUAUAACUUAUUUUGUUUUCGAAUGGAAUUGUAAAACAUACCUCUUUAAUUUUUUAAUUUUGAAAAAUUUGUUGGAAUUUUAUUUUUUUUGUACGUAGAAUUCAGGUCUAUUUAAUUAGUCACAAUUUAUCCAGCAAUUUUGCAUUUGCAUUUUACUGAAAACUUUAAUAAUAAUAAUAAUAAUAUUUUUUUACAACUUUGAACACAUGUACAAAUAUAUAUAUUUAUUUUGUCAUAUUUUUAGUUAUAAAUUGUUUAAUAUUAUAUAUUGAAUUAGUAUAUAAACUAUACCAUCUUGUAAGUUGGAUCAAACUGGACACCGAGUGCUAUAUUUUACUCAAAUCGGUGCAGUAGUUUUGCACUAUACUCCGGACAAAAUGUGACCUCGUAUUUUUAGUUGAGAUAUAAACAAUCCUAUCCCUUAAGAGUUGUAUCAAAUUGAACAUAAUGUGCUCAACUUUACUAAAUUCAUGUAUUUUAUUUUAGAUAUAAAUCUUACUAAAUCCGGCUUAGUAGUUUAGGAGUUUACCUCGGACAAAACGUGACAGUAAAUUUUUACAUAUCCUCAUCCAUACAAAUUCGUAAAAAAUCCACAUUCGGGCGCAUAAAUUUGAAUAAUUAUGGCGGUAUUUUUUCAACUAUUUUUUUUUCUGUGACAAAAUAGCUUUUAUAUUUUAGAAAUUAAAUUUUAAGCCAGAUUUCUCUGUAUUUUUUCAACAACGGCAAGCAAAGUCAUUUAAGUACAGCAAACGCUGUUGUUGCGUCCCGGUAUGAGUAUAAAAGCUUUAAAUAUUAGGAUGCCCACAAGCAUCCAGUGCUGUUAGUUAAGAUGAAGCUUUAAAAGCUGCAAUUAAUUCAGUUAAGUACUUACAUAUAUCUAUUAUUCUCUACCUCUUAUUUAACUAGUCUUUCUGCCAACCAAAAGGCAACUAAAACAAAAACAAACAAAAUGUCCUUUAUGCUCAUGACUGGUCACUCAAAACACAACAGUUGAACACCGAUUUGCUAAUUCAUAAGUUGUAUGCAAAUACAUGAAAAAUUAAAACGCAGAAAAAAAUUUAAUAAAAAUACAAAUAAAAUUUAAGUAUUAUAAUGAAAGAAAAGUAAAUAUUAUAAAAGCCGGAAAUACAGUUAAAUUUAGCUCACUUUCUACAUAUACGCAAAUGAAAAAUAAGCAUUAAAGCUUAUAAUUAAUACAUAAAGCAAAAAAAAACAAAAAACUAAAUAAUAACUACAAAUAAUUCAAAAAGAAAAAGAAAAUCGAGCUAAAACGUACGAAGCAAACUGUAUUUUUACUAUAUGAAUAAACAAAAAACGCGGUAGGUUUGUGUGAAUGGCUAGACAGCAACAACAUUCACUUGUAAUAUACAUAAUGCUCUAGGUAUGUUGAUGAUAAAUAUGACAAAUUAAUACAAAUACAAGAAUACAUAAAAAAUAUACUCAUUUUAUAAUAUAUUUUUGCGGGAAAAAUUUUAUACGAUGCAAUGAAACAAAAGUAUAUAUAUAAAUACCAUAACUAUAAAUUUAAAUUACGAUAAAAUAGCAUAUACAUACAUACUUAUAAAUAUAUAUACAUACAUAUAUAUAAAUAAUAAAUUUAUACUAAUGAAUUAUGAUAUAUAGUAUACAAAAUUAAGUGAAAGCAGCAAAGCAAAUCAAUAGCAUUAAAUAGGCAAAUGAGAGCAGCAAAUAGCGUGGGAGACGAACGAAAUUGGUAUAUACGAGUACACUCAAACACACAUAAACAUAUGUGACAACAAACAAAAGGGCAAAUGCGUGUAAUAAUGGUGAAAUGGCAAAAUGGCUGUAAUAUGUAUUGACAACAUUAUGCUGAAGAUGAUUAUUACAAAAACUAAAAAUUAAAAAACAAUAGCAAAAGUGUGGAAAAUCGAACAAAAUUGUUUGAUAUUUCUUAGGAAACUGAGACUACUGGGGGAGUUAGCAAAAAAUGUCUAUACAAAUUUGUUUCAACACAAACCUCUUCCUAUGCUUUUUCGUAAAUGCAAUGUUUCCACAAUGCGGCUGAGGGAGGCUGAUUUUUAAGCAAUUUGAGGAGUCCAAAACUUUUAAGCAAACAUUUGUUGCAAAAUAUAACACUCAUUAAAUCUUUGAUCUUGUUGUUGAGCAAUAUUUAUAUUUAAAUAAUUUAAUUUGGAAACUUAUAGGAGCAAGUGAUUUUUUAAAACUAUAUAAAUCUCCAUAAAUGCAUAUUUUUCAAGACAAAUUAACCCUCAGUCCAUUGUAAGAUGUUUAUCUUGCUAAACAAAAUGUUUGCCUAAAAUUGCCAGCAUAUUUAUACAAACAUAGUUAUUUACCUUAUAUACCUGUAGUGUACUGCAAUAAAUCUCGAUUAUAACCUUUGGAGUUUUAUUAAUUACGCUUUGUUAAAUGACCGUUAUAUACUAUAUACUGUUCGCGUGCAAAAAAAUUUACAAGUCAAAAUCCUUAGUAGUAUAUAUGUACAUACAAAAAUACAUAAGUUGGUGGAAUUUAUAAAACCCAAAAGUACUUACGUAACCAUGAAGUAACUUCCUUUCUCAAAUAAACUAAAAAAAAUCAGAAAAAACCACGCCCAUAAGAGUUUCAAACUUGCCACCUACAUUUGUUUAAUCAUUUUGAAAGUGAAAACGAAAAAAAUAAAACAAAACAAUUAUGUAAUAACUUAAAGUAAUAUUAAAAAAUAUACAUACAUACAAUAUAUAUAUACAUAUAUUAAAUUUUGUAAUUAACUGGUGGGUCAUGCAGGGCAAUCUGGUUGGCGUUCAUUGAAUGAAAACUCGCUUGAGAGCCGGUAAAAAUAUUUAAUAAAUUCAACAUAAAUCUUAGCAAAUAUACUAAACUGCGAAAGUAUAAACAACAAAUUAUGGCAGCCAAGCAUAAAAUUUUAUGAAAUAAACAAUAUUCUGCAUUUAAUCAACUAACAUAUUGAUAUACAAACUCAUUGCAAGCAUUUACAUAGGAGCAACAACUGCAUACAUACGUGUACUUUCAGCCAAUACACACAUACGCAUACAUACAAAAGAAGUCCAAGAAAGUUAGUUUCUAACAAAUUGAGAAUAAAAUUUAAGCGCUUUCA